AUGUCUGGCAAUGGCCGAGGCGACCAGAACGUCGAUUCAGAGGAUGAGAGCUGCCGAGUGGACAUGUUUCAAGAUGUGGUAAGUGCCACACAGAAGACGAGGUACCAGGGGAACACCGUGCAUUUCUGGACUUUCCCGCAUACGACGAAAGAUGGCGCCGUGACGGCGACAACGCACACCAAGAAGCAUCUGGCGAAGAUGCUUAAAGAAGCGUAUGGCGCUGACAACAUUGAGUUUUAUGUGAUCGUCAGCGAGCAGCAUGCCCAGUCGGAGCGUGCUUGGGAGCGCACGUAUCAUUGGCACGCGCUGCUGAAGCUGACUCGCCGAAUCAAGUGGAAAGCUCUUGCGCGUCAGUUGCGUGAGAAGCGCCUAUUUGGCCACUUGGCGUUGCCACGCUUGCAUGCGGAUUUCUUCAGAUGCCUGCGAUACUUGGUUGCUCCGACGACCCGCAAAGGUCAAGAUCAAUUGGAUCCGAAUCCAUACUUUUCUUCUCAUUUUCCUGUGGAUAUGAUGGAGAAGCGCAUGCGCAAGUACUUCAACAUCAGCCUGCGCCCGUCUGACAUGUACAGCAUCGUGCGGCAGAUGAAGUUCACGAGCUAUCAGCAGCUUAUCGAUUGGGCUCUAGAGCAGCGCCGGCGCGGUAACGGCAUCUACGAGAAGUUCUUGGCAAAGCAAGGGCAGAAGAUGCCCGGCCUGUUUGCGUCUUGGAUGCAAAUCUUGUGUGAGCCUGCCACCGCAGCGGGCCUCCGGAAGCAAAGACUGGAGUUGUGGGAUCGCGCAGCUCAAACUCCGUGCAGCUGCGUGAGUCCGAACCGGUUGCAAGAUGCUUUGGACAGGCUGCUCGAGCACCACGGCAAGUGCCCAGGAAGAUGGGCGUUUUGCUUGACGAAGCUGUUGCGAAUCGGCACAACAGCCAAAAACAGCAAUAUUUUGCUGUGGGGCGAAUCCAACAGCGGAAAGACAGCAUUGACCCGACCUUUGAUCCACAUCUUUGAGAAUCACGUGUUCUUGCGCCCGAAUCGAGGAGAUACCUUUGUCCUACAAGGUCUUGAAAAGAUGUUGAUAUCUGUUUUUCAAGAUUGGCGGCUUUCCACCACGCCGCUGCCGUAUGACACUCUGCUGCUGCUCCUAGAAGGUGAGUCCGUGAGUUGUGCGGUCAAGAAUUCCGCACCUGUGCUAGUGCACCAUCCUCCUCCAUUCAUCAUAACCACCCAGACGAAAGUCGUGCCCAAGACUCCCAGAGGAGAUCCCGACGAGGAAGAGCGGAAAGCCUUUCAAAACAGAUUCGGGCUGCGUUGGUGUUUCAAGAAUGCGUUAUCUUCAGUCCAACGAGAUCCCGCCUUGAAGCUUUGCUACUCUUGCAAAGGCUGCUAUGUCCGGUGGAUCAACCGGUGGUACGAGCAGUAUGUGGUGGACAACCCCGGCAUCGAUUCAGAAGUCCGGAUGGUGGAGGCAACUUUGGAGAAACAAGCAACUGAGGAGCCCUCUGCAUCGAGUUCGAAGCGUGGCCACAAGCGCAAGAGCGAGGAGCCUUGCAUUCCUCCCCGACAUCAUCAGCUGGAGGAGCGCAAGAGCGAGGAGCCCUGCACUCCUCCCCGACAUCAUCAGCUGGAGGCCCACGCCGAGGAGCCAAAGACUCCUUUGCUGGAGCAGCAAGAGGUGAAUGCAAGCAGUCCCCUCCUUACCGCUUCUCCGUUGCCACGGAUGAACCCAGAUUGUCCGUAUGCAGUGACGCAUGCAUGGAAAGAUGGUGAGCUCUUGGAAGUUACGCCGCUGAAGCAGAGUGCGGAAAAUACCGUUUUUUUCGGAAAUUUUUUUCUAAGUUGUAUCCGGAGUUGCUUGAACGAAACAUUCUUUGCUGCGUAUCGGUAG